AAGCUGAAAUAUCUACCAAUAAUAUCACAGAUGCAGACAGAAGCUCAGAUAAAAUUCUUACAGUAAACUCGCAGAACAUUGCAUAUACCAAACACACAACUACGCCAGCAAAUAGAGAAUAUACGGGAAAAACCUGCACAAUGCUAUUUUGGAAAGUGUUUUCUAUAAUCUUUGCAUUUCAAGUACCCAAUCUAGCCAAAAGCUCUAUGGUGACACUUAAUAAUGGAGGAUAUGAGAAUAUAGUAAUUGCCAUUAAUCCAGCAAUAAAUGAAGAUCUAAACAUUAUUGAGACCAUUAAGGAUAUGAUAAAUGAAGGUUCCAAUUAUCUGUUUCAUGCAACAAAGCAAAGACUGUUUGUAAGGAGCGUAAAGAUCUUAAUUCCAUCCACCUGGUCAUCAAAAAUGAACUAUACAAAGCCAAAAACAGAAACGUAUGAUAAGGCAGAUAUUAUUAUUGCUAGUCCGUUAAUGAAAUAUAGAGAUGACCCUUAUACUUUACAAUAUGGUGGAUGUGGGGAACCUGGAAAAUACAUUCACUUGACACCUGACUUUCUACUGGAUGACCGACUGACCAAAGUGUAUGGACCUCGAGGUCGAGUAUUUGUUCAUGAAUGGGCUCAUCUGCGAUGGGGAGUGUAUGACGAGUACAAUAAUGAGGCGCCUUUUUACAUUUCUGGAAGUGGUAAAGUAGAAGCAACACGGUGUUCUCUUGACAUUACUGGUACUAACAGAAAGCAGCAAUGUGAUGGAGCUGACUGCAUCCUACAACCUUGCCUACAUGAUUCUAGUACUGGCCUGUAUGAAGAUGGCUGUGUCUUUAUACCUGAGAAGAAUCAAUUUGUAAAAGAGUCCAUUAUGUAUAUGCAGGCACUACCUUCUGUUUCUGAAUUCUGUAAUUCAAGCAAUCACAACACUGAAGCGCCAACCCUGCAAAACAGAAUUUGCAACUCCCGCAGCACAUGGGACGUCAUCAAUAAAUCCCCUGACAUCAUAUCUACUCCUCCAAAGACAGAUUUCAGUAUUCCUGUCCCAACCGUCUCACUUCUGCACUAUCAAGGAAGAGUCGUCACUUUAGUACUGGAUGUGUCAGGAAGCAUGGCAUCUUAUGAUCGAAUAGGUCGUCUAUAUCAAGCAGCAGACCUGUUCCUUAACCAGAUCAUUGAACCAGGGUCCUAUGUUGGUUUGGUCAAAUUCUCAUCUGAUGCAUUUGUUAUAUCAAAUCUCCUACAAAUAAUCAGUGAAGUUGAGCGUUUAAAGUUAGCAUCUCUGCUUCCAAAUUCUGCAUCUGGAGGAACAAACAUAUGUGCAGGAAUCAAGAUGGGCUUACAGGUAAACAAGGGGUUUGAUGGUUCCUCCUAUGGAACUGAGAUAUUGCUACUAACAGAUGGCGAGGACAAUUAUGAUACACGUCUUUGCUUCCCUGAUAUAAAAGAAAGUGGAUCAAUCAUUCAUGUUAUUGCCUUGGGACCAAAUGCAGCAAGCGCAUUAGAGGAAAUUGCAAAUAUGACGGGAGGAUUACAAUUUUCAGCAACAGAUAACUUAAGCACCAAUGGACUAAUUGAUAGCUUCAAUGGAAUUUCUGCCGGCAAUGGAAAUAUUUCUCAACAGGCAAUCCAGUUGGAAAGCACUGCUUUAAAUCUUUCACCAAAAGAAUGUUUGAAUGGUACAGUCUUUAUUGACAAUUCAGUGGGAAACAAAACAUUCUUCCUAGUCACAUGGCAAAGUUCAGUCCCGACUAUCAAACUGAAAGACCCAACGGGAAAGCAAUAUACUGCCGCCCACUUUAUCAGUGACACAAUCUCUAAGUCUUCCAGACUAGAAAUUCCAGGAACCGCAGAGAAAGGGCCUUGGGAGUACAGCCUGUGCAACAGUUUUACAGCAAAGGAAGUCAUAGGCAUAACAGUGAAUUCAAAAGCCGUUGAUGAAAAUGUAGCUCCUGUUACGGUCAGUGCACAGAUGAACAAAGACAUAAAUAUGUUCCCUAAUCCUAUGGUUGUGUAUGCAACAGUAAGCCAAGGGUAUCUGCCUAUCAAAGGGGCAAAAGUCACAGCUAUUGUUGAACCACAGAUUGGAAGCCCAGUUACAAAAGAACUGUUGGACAAUGGAGCAGGUGCUGAUAUUAUAAAAAAUGACGGAAUCUACUCGAGGUACUUCACCGAGUUCAAAGGAAAUGGAAGAUAUAGUUUAAAAGUGCGUGUAGAAGGAAGAGAAAAUAAAAGUGAUCUUGCCCUUUCUAAAAGUCGUGCUUACUAUAUACCUGGCUAUGUAGAAAAUGGAGAAAUCAGCAUGAACCCCUCUAGGCCUCAAGUGAAUGAUGAUAAUUCUCAACUGUACCUCGGACCAUUCAGCAGGACAGCUUCAGGGGGUUCUUUUAUUGUUUCAAAUGUUCCCUCAGGUCCCCUACCAGAUAUCUAUAAACCAGAGAGAAUAACAGACUUGAAAGCAAGAAUACAGAAUCAAAUGAUUGCUCUGACGUGGACCGCAACUGGUGAUGACCUGGACCAGGGCAAUGCAUCAAGGUAUGACUUAAGGAUGAGCACCAGCCCUAAGGAUCUCAGAGACAAUUUUGAAAAUUGUACUUCAGUGAAUAUAUCUGAUAUAACGCCACAGCCAUCUGGAUCCAGCGAAACAUUUACAUUUGUUCCAGAAAAUGUUGUUAUAGCUAAUGGCACCAUCCUAUAUUUUGCUCUGAUUGCUUUUGAUGAGGUAUCACAGAAAUCAGAUCUAUCUAAUAUAGCACAGGCAGCUCUGCUUAUUCCUGCAACUCCUGAACCCACAACUAAACCACCUACUACACCAUAUUAUACAACUGACCCACUUACAACACAAUAUGAUACAACAACCCCACCUCCUUCAUCAUAUAAUACAACUACCCCACCUCCUACAUCAUAUAAUACAACUACCCCACCUCCUACAUCAUAUAAUACAACUACCCCACCUCCUACAUCAUAUAAUACAACUACCCCACCUCCUACAUCAUAUAAUACAACUACCCCACCUCCUUCAUCAUAUAAUACAACUACCCAACCUCCUACAUCAUAUAAUACAACUACCCCACCUCCUACAAUAUAUAAUACAACUACCCCACCUCCUACAUCAUGUAAUACAACUACCCCACCUCCUACAUCAUAUAAUACAACUACCCCACCUCCUACAUCAUAUAAUACAUCUACCCCACCUCAUUCAUCAUAUAAUACAACUACCCCACCUCCUACAUCAUAUAAUACAUCUACCCCACCUCAUACAUCAUAUAAUACAACUACCCCACCUCCUACAUCAUAUAAUACAUCUACCCCACCUCAUACAUCAUAUGACACAACUACCCUACCUACUACACUAUAUGACACAACUAGCCUAACUCCUACAUCAUAUGACCCAGCUACCCUACCUACUACAACAAAUCAAACAACUACACUUCCCAUUAAAAUUACCUCUCCUAAACCAACUCUAACUACAAAUACUAGUUCAGAAAGAAUAUGCACAACUAGUGUACUUCUAUUAAUACGCAUAAUGCUUAAUUUCUUAUUUCAGUAAGUAGUUGCUUAGAUUGUAAAUUAUCAAAUGAAAAUAAGGCAGAUUUAAAAAUAAUUUUAAAAUCUCCCCAAAAUAUUUAUAUCUGAAACAUAGAUGAAUAAUUCUGGCUAUACUGUAUUGUAAUAAAAUAUUUUUAAUCUACUUACAAUUAAAAGAUUAUGUUUCCUUUGAAAGUCAA